CCUGUUACUUUGAACCUGUUUUACCAUAAAUGAGUCUCUGCAGAGCGGGUUGGGUCAUAAGCAAAAGAUGUUAACUAUAAAUCAUCUCUCCAUUAUUGCUGUGAUUGGCUUCCUGCUCCUCAUGUUCACCUGCAAAGGUGAGUCACAGCAGACAGAUUCGUCCCAGUCAGUUACAGUGUUGGUCGGUGAGGCCGUGGUUCUGCCGUGUUUCCUGAAACCUCCUAAAGAUGCGUCUAAGAUGACAGUGGAGUGGGGCAGACCCGACCUGAAACCCAGAUUUGUGUUUGUGAGUCUUGAAGGUCAAGAAUAUACAGCCGACCAAAACGAAGCCUACAGGGGAAGAUCGUCAAUGUUUCCUGAAAAUCUGAAAAAUGGAGACGUUUCACUGAAACUCUCUGAUGUCAGAAUAUCUGACAAUGGAAGAUACAGAUGCUACUUACCCAAAGAGAAGAAGGAAUAUUUUGUUGAGCUUGUUGUUGGUUCUGUUUCCUCACCUGGUGUCAGUUUAUCUGGACUGGAUGUCAGCAGCAGUGGAGUGAUGCUGGACUGCAGGGCUGCAGGCUGGUAUCCAGAACCUGAGCUGUUCUGGCUGGACGGUGACGGAAACAUCAUGUCUGCUGGACCUGCAGAGAAAAGCCCAGAUCCUGAUGGUGUUUACACUGUUAGCAGCAGAGUGACUGUAGAGAAGAGAAACUACAACAACUUUACCUGCAGAGUCCAACAGAGAGACAUCAACCAGAGCAGAGAGACACACAUUCAUGUUCCAGAUGGUUUCUUCAUUUCUCAGUCUGACUGUAAUAUUUUUAACAUUUUUGCUGGGAUUUUGGGCCUCAUAAUUGUUAUUGGAGCUGCUGGGUUUAUAUGGAAAUGGAGGCAAACUGAAAUAUCAAAGAAGAAGCUAAAAGUUCAAGCGAAUGAGGAGGAAAAGCAGCUCAUGAUAAAAGAAAAAGAGAAAUUAUCUGAGAAGAAAUCAAAGCUUGAGGAGGAGUUAAAAUAUAGAAAUGAGGAUCAGAAAAUUAUUGAUCAGCUGAUUGGAGCAUUAAUGGAGACGUCAGAGGAACUGAAGAAUCAGAGAAAACAACUCCGUGAUCAAAGAGAGAAAACAGAGAAAAUGAUUGAUGAGGAUGAGAAGAAAUUUAACACAAUUAUUGAUGAAGAAAGAAACCAGACGGAGAACUUGGUAGAGACUAGAGCACGAGGAUAUUUAAAACUGAAGGGAAUCAUAGCAGAGAGUCUAGAGAAAAUGGAGAAGAGAAAGAAAUAUCAUCAACAUGUGGAACUGAUGACAGAGAAACUAGUAGAGAAAACAUGUAAAGAGGUUAACAGGCUGAAGGAGAGGAAACAGGAAAUAGAGAAAAAUGUAGAGGAAAUUAAAAAACAACUUGAUGAAAUGAAAACAUGAAUGUUAUUUCACCACUGAGACAGAAACAGAUUCAGUUCAUUUUUUACAUGAUGUCAGAAAAUAUGUCAAGUUUCAUCUCAGCAGAUUGUCUGAUUUUUCAUUAAGGUGUUUUUCUGAGUAGAAAAUAUAAGAUAAAGACAUUUUCUCAGAUACAAAGUUUUCUUUUCAUAAAGUUUAGAAACUUUAGGAAUUAAACUAGAACAUAUUAUAUAAAAAAGGCAAAGCUUGAGAAGUUUUUUUUACUUUUCUUUUAUCCUCUAAAUUUCUCUGGGUUCAGUUUCAGGACAAAGUGAGAGAAUCUAAUUUAUUUAUAUCAGCAGAUAAAUUCAGUUUAAUGACCUCUGAUGUUUCCAUCUAUGUUGACCAGUAAAGUUUUCUACUGUAGAAGAAACUACAAAACAUUAAUUAAUGUGCAAGAUGUAAAAAUUAUAGCUACCAUUUGCUUUUUUUUUGCUAAUAUGAAGUUUGUUUUUUCAAGCUUUUUUGUAUUUCUUUACCUUUUUUAUUUCUAUUAUCUUUCAUGUAUUUACCAAUGUAUUUUUUAAAGUGUGCCAUUUUCUUUAAAUAGUGAUAGAGUCCAUCAGGAACAUGAUCCUCAAUUUAACCAAAAUAAAAGGCUCAAAAGUUAUCAUACAGUUGAUCUUAUUUAAAACAAACUACAAGAAUAAAUAACUGCGAAAACUUGUGAAAGAACAAAACAAUUCAUUUGAAAUCUCUUAAUAUUGUCAUAUAUAACCUGAUAUUUGUAACUGAUCGUUGUGAUGAAAUUAUGUUCAAAUUAAUUUUUAAAAUAGUUGUUAUAUUCUCACAGUUUUCUGUUACAGUGAAUAAUAUAUAAACUCAACAAUAUGAAAUACAAGAAAUCAUGACAA